AUGAACCUAAGUGAAACAAAAACUAUUGAUAAGGAAGUGCUAAAGCUUGUCUUCAUUCUCUCAUGUGUUGUAGGAUCUCGUCUUCGCCAGGAAGACUUUCCCCCACGAAUUGUGGAGCACCCUUCAGAUGUCAUAGUCUCUAAGGGAGAGCCCACCACUUUGAACUGCAAGGCAGAGGGCCGGCCAACGCCCACCAUUGAGUGGUACAAGGAUGGUGAGCGGGUGGAGACUGAUAAGGAUGAUCCCCGGUCCCACAGGAUGCUUCUGCCCAGCGGAUCCUUAUUCUUCUUGCGCAUUGUGCACGGGCGCAGAAGUAAACCUGAUGAAGGAAGCUACGUUUGUGUUGCAAGGAACUAUCUUGGUGAAGCAGUGAGUCGAAAUGCAUCUCUGGAAGUGGCAUUGUUACGAGAUGACUUCCGGCAAAACCCCACAGAUGUUGUUGUGGCAGCUGGAGAGCCUGCGAUCCUGGAGUGCCAACCUCCCCGGGGACACCCUGAACCCACCAUCUACUGGAAAAAAGACAAAGUUCGAAUCGACGACAAGGAAGAGAGAAUAAGUAUUCGUGGUGGAAAACUGAUGAUCUCCAAUACCAGGAAAAGUGAUGCAGGGAUGUAUACCUGUGUUGGCACCAAUAUGGUGGGAGAAAGAGACAGUGAUCCAGCAGAGCUAACUGUCUUUGAACGACCAACAUUUCUCAGGAGACCAAUUAACCAGGUGGUGCUGGAGGAAGAAGCUGUAGAAUUUCGAUGUCAGGUCCAGGGAGAUCCUCAACCAACUGUGAGGUGGAAAAAGGAUGAUGCAGACUUCCCAAGAGGAAGAUAUGACAUCAAAGAUGAUUACACGCUGAGAAUUAAGAAGGCAGUGAGUACAGAUGAAGGCACCUAUAUGUGUAUUGCCGAGAAUCGGGUUGGAAAAGUGGAAGCCUCUGCUACCCUCACAGUCAGAGCUCGCCCUGUUGCUCCGCCACAGUUUGUGGUUAGGCCAAGAGAUCAGAUUGUUGCUCAAGGUCGAACAGUGACAUUUCCCUGUGAAACGAAAGGAAACCCGCAGCCAGCUGUUUUUUGGCAGAAAGAAGGCAGCCAGAAUCUGCUUUUCCCAAACCAGCCCCAGCAGCCCAACAAGAGAUGCUCGGUGUCGCCAACUGGAGAUCUCACGAUUACCAACAUUCAACGUUCCGACGCGGGUUACUACAUCUGUCAGGCCCUCACUGUGGCAGGCAGCAUUUUAGCAAAAGCUCAACUGGAGGUUACGGAUGUUUUGACAGAUAGACCUCCACCCAUAAUUCUACAAGGCCCAGCCAACCAAACACUAGCAGUAGAUGGUACAGCAUUAUUGAAAUGUAAAGCUACUGGUGAUCCUCUUCCUGUAAUUAACUGGUUAAAGGAAGGAUUUACUUUCCUGGGUAGAGAUCCAAGGGCAACAAUACAAGAUCAAGGAACACUACAGAUUAAGAAUUUACGGAUUUCUGAUACUGGCACGUAUACGUGUGUGGCUACAAGUUCAAGUGGGGAGACCUCCUGGAGUGCUGUGCUGGAUGUAACAGAAUCUGGAGCAACAAUCAGUAAAAAUUAUGAUUUAAAUGACUUGCCAGGACCACCAUCCAAACCACAGGUCACUGAUGUUACUAAGAACAGCGUCACCUUGUCCUGGCAACCAGGUACCCCUGGAACCCUUCCAGCAAGUGCAUAUAUCAUUGAGGCGUUCAGCCAGUCAGUGAGCAAUAGCUGGCAGACGGUGGCCAACCAUGUAAAGACCACCCUCUACACUGUCAGAGGACUGCGACCCAAUACAAUCUACUUAUUCAUGGUCAGAGCUAUCAACCCCCAAGGUCUCAGUGACCCCAGCCCCAUGUCAGAUCCUGUGCGCACACAAGAUAUCAGCCCACCAGCACAAGGAGUGGACCAUAGACAAGUACAGAAAGAACUAGGAGAUAUCAGUGUCCGUCUUCAUACUCCUGUUGUGUUGACUCCCACCACGGUUCAAGUCACUUGGACGGUCGAUCGCCAGCCCCAGUUUAUUCAAGGCUACCGGAUUAUGUAUCGUCAGACUUCGGGCCUCCAGGCCACAUCGACAUGGCAGAAUUUAGAUGCCAAAGUCCCAACCGAAAGAAAUGCUGUUUUAGUCAAUCUGAAAAAGGGAGUGACUUACGAAAUUAAAGUUCGACCAUAUUUUAAUGAGUUCCAAGGAAUGGAUAGUGAAUCUAAAAUAGUCCGUACCACUGAAGAGGCCCCAAGUGCCCCUCCACAGUCUGUCACUGUGCUGACAGUUGGAAGCCACAAUAGCACAAGUAUUAGUGUUUCCUGGGAUCCUCCUCCUCUGGAUCAUCAGAAUGGAAUUAUCCAAGAAUACAAGAUCUGGUGUUUGGGUAAUGAAACUCGAUUCCAUAUCAACAAAACCGUGGAUGCAGCCAUUCGAUCUGUUAUAAUUGGUGGAUUAUUCCCGGGUAUUCAAUAUCGAGUAGAAGUUGCAGCUAGUACCAGUGCAGGGGUUGGAGUAAAAAGCGAGCCACAGCCAAUAAUAAUUGGAGGACGUAAUGAAGUUGUCAUUACUGAAAACAAUAACAGCAUAACUGAACAAAUCACUGAUGUUGUGAAGCAACCAGCCUUUAUAGCUGGUAUUGGUGGUGCCUGCUGGGUAAUUUUGAUGGGUUUUAGCAUCUGGUUGUAUUGGCGAAGAAAAAAAAGAAAGGGACUCAGUAAUUAUGCUGUUACAUUUCAAAGAGGAGAUGGAGGACUAAUGAGCAAUGGAAGCCGUCCAGGACUUCUAAAUGCUGGUGAUCCCAGUUAUCCAUGGCUUGCUGAUUCAUGGCCAGCCACCAGCUUGCCAGUAAACAACAGCAAUAGUGGCCCGAAUGAGAUCGGGAAUUUUGGGCGUGGAGAUGUGCUGCCACCAGUUCCAGGCCAAGGAGAUAAAACAGCAACGAUGCUCUCAGAUGGAGCCAUUUAUAGUAGCAUUGACUUCACGACCAAAACCACUUACAACAGUUCCAGCCAAAUAACACAGGCCACCCCAUAUGCCACAACACAGAUCUUGCAUUCCAAUAGCAUUCAUGAACUGGCUGUCGAUCUGCCUGAUCCACAGUGGAAAAGCUCAAUUCAGCAAAAAUCAGAUCUGAUGGGAUUUGGUUAUUCUCUACCUGAUCAGAACAAAGGCAAUAAUGGUGGGAAAGGUGGAAAAAAGAAGAAAAAUAAAAACUCUUCUAAACCACAGAAAAACAAUGGAUCCACCUGGGCCAAUGUCCCGCUACCUCCUCCCCCAGUCCAGCCCCUUCCUGGCACAGAGCUGGAACACUAUGCAGUGGAACAACAAGAAAAUGGCUAUGACAGUGAUAGCUGGUGCCCGCCUUUACCAGUACAAACAUACUUGCACCAGGGUAUGGAAGAUGAAUUAGAAGAAGAUGAUGAUCGGGUCCCAACACCUCCUGUCCGAGGCGUGGCUUCUUCUCCUGCUAUCUCCUUUGGACAGCAGUCCACUGCAACUCUUACUCCAUCCCCACGAGAAGAGAUGCAACCCAUGAUGCAGGCUCAUCUGGAUGAGUUGACAAGGGCCUAUCAGUUUGACAUAGCAAAGCAAACAUGGCAUAUUCAAAGCAAUAAUCAACCUCCGCAGCCCCCCGUUCCACCAUUAGGUUAUGUGUCCGGAGCCUUGCUUUCCGAUUUGGAAACAGAUGUUCCAGGUGAUGAUGCUGAUGAUGAGGAAGAAGCUUUAGAAAUCCACAGGCCCCUGAGAGCACUAGAGCAGACACCGGGAUCCAGUAUGGACAAUCUAGACAGCUCUGUGACAGGUUCAAUGGUAAAUGGAUGGGGCUCUGCAUCUGAUGAGGAUCGUAACUUUUCUAGUCAUAGAUCUAGUGUAGGUAGCUCCUCAGAUGGCUCCAUCUUUGCCAGCGGCAGUUUUGCACAAGCACUGGUGGCAGCAGCAGAUAAAGCUGGUUUUAGGCUGGAUGGAACCAGCCUUUCAAGAACAGGCAAAGCCUUUACCUCCUCUCAAAGACCUCGACCAACCAGCCCGUUUUCUACUGAUAGUAACACCAGCGCAGCUCUGAGUCAAAGUCAGAGGCCUCGGCCCACAAAAAAACACAAGGGAGGACGAAUGGACCAACAACCAGCAUUGCCUCAUCGAAGGGAAGGAAUGACAGACGAGGAGGCCUUGGUGCCCUAUAGCAAGCCCAGUUUCCCAUCUCCAGGCGGUCACAGUUCAUCAGGAACGGCUUCCUCAAAAGGAUCCACAGGACCCAGGAAAGCCGAGGUACUGAGGGGAGGCCACCAGCGCAAUGCCAGCGACCUUCUUGACAUAGGAUAUAUGGGCUCAAAUAGUCAAGGACAGUUUACAGGUGAAUUAUGCAACGCAAUUUAA